CAACCUUCACGAUGCUGCCAUUAACGCAUAAAGACUCACGUGGAUUCGGCUAUCGGAUACGGGAAAAGUUCAGCAGUCUGAGCCGGCUUAUAUUGUCGGAUCGUAAUUCGCGGAAUUUGUUUUUCUUCCUACUGCUUAAUUUAAGCUUUGCGUUUGUUGAACUUAUGUACGGCAUAUGGACCAACAGUUUAGGUUUGAUCUCCGAUUCGUUCCAUAUGUUCUUCGACUGUACUGGGCUGCUGGCCGGGUUGGCGGCGUCCGUUAUUACCAAGUGGCGAGCAAAUGAAAAGUAUUCUUACGGCUACGUACGAGCUGAAGUGUUGGCAGGAUUCGUCAACAGCCUCUUUCUGCUGUUUAUCGCAUUCUUCAUCAUGUCCGAAGCGGUAGAGCGUGCGAUCGAGCCUCCGGAAGUGAAACACGAACGAUUGUUUAUCGUUUCCGUACUCGGGUUGUUGGUGAACCUGGUCGGUAUCUAUGCAUUCCAGCACGGUGGACACGGCCAUUCGCAUGGUGGUGGUGGACACGGUCAUUCGCAUGGCGGUGGAGCAAGUCACGGACAUUCCCACGGCGGUACAAUGAAUCAUAACAGCCACGAUACGCACCAUCUGCUGUCGAACCAUAACGAUCACCAUGGACAUUCGCACGGUGCAGGUGAUCAUCAUCAUGGUCACAGUCAUGGAGGUGGCGAGAUUGUGUCCACCAACUCGCAGAUUAUGCGUGGCGUCUUCCUGCACAUUCUGGCCGAUACGCUCGGAUCGGUUGGUGUGAUUAUAUCGGCUGUGCUGAUGCAGCUAUUUGGAUGGAUGCGAGCCGAUCCCAUCUGCAGCAUGUUCAUUGCGCUGACGAUCGGAGUGAGCACGCUGUCGUUGAUCAAGGAAUCGGUCAUGGUGUUGAUGCAGCGCCAACCGGUAGCGCUGGAUCGAUUACUGCCUUCCUGCUAUCAGAAGGUGACCGGACUGGCCGGUGUGUACAGCGUACAGGAGCCACAUUUUUGGACCCUCUGCACCGACGUGUACGUUGGUGUGAUCAAGCUGGAGGUAUCGAAAAACGUUGAUCCCAAGUACGUGGUACAGCACACACGCAUGAUCUUCGAAGCGAUAGGCGUGCGGCAGAUAAACAUUCAGCUAGACUAUACUGCAAUGUGAUAAAGUGGAGUGGAGCGGUGGA